AUGAAGCUCUUGACAAGCUUGCUGGUUCCAGCUUUCAUCGGCGCAGCUUCUGCUGCCGUCAGUGCUGAUGUUUAUAUUAUACAAGGAGAAGAGUCAUCAACCCCAUCGAACCCUAUUACCCUCAAUCCAGAACAGGCACGACUUGUCCUUGCGCAGCGCUUAGGCUCUUCACGAUACCACGACUUGUCCGGUGCUGACGAAACAACACUGUCCUACAUUAACCAAUUUGGAGGCGCCCACGAAUCGUUAUUUGAAGAUGUGCCAACAGACAAAGCGACCGAGUUGGUCUUGAUUGUGGAGGGAAUUGACAAGAAUGUCGCUGGACUACUAUUGGAAUCUUGGGGAUCACCGAGGCCCUCCUUUUCGAUUGUAUCGCCGCCAUCGAUGAGGGAGAAUAAAAAGCUAGUGGAUGAUCUCAACAAACAAUGCGGGCAGGCUAAAGACUGCACGCUCGAGGACGCCAUCAAUCCUUUUGAUGUCAAGUGUUGGAAUGGAAAGUCAAAGGCCAUACAUUACGACCUUGGGGACAAGAAGGCAUGUUGCAUCGGACUGGGUUUCGAUCAGUUGGCUAACAAUAGCAUUAGGAUGAGAAAAGGAGAAAUGAACACUGUGGUGAUAUUGAUGCCUCAGCAAUCGCGCUCAUCGAAGACUCCAAAACAGCCUUACGGAUCAUACGAUACUCCUUCUCAAGUCAGUAUUGGGAGGAGACAAGCAAGCGAGGAGAUCAUUUCAGAGUCAUUGGCAGUUGCCUCUAGCCCACCUAUCAUGCCUCCCAAGCCGGCAUCGUUCAAAGCGACGAAUUCGUCUUCUAAUGCAACGCUUGUCGGGCCCCAAAAAGUCUGCCAUGCUACCAUUGAAGGCUGUAAUACUGCAACAAACGGUUGCUCCGGGCAUGGGACAUGUUUUCAGAAGUACGGCGGGUGUUUUACCUGUGGAUGUGUCCCGCAAAACGAGACGUAUACCAUUGGCAAAGAGAAGCACCAAACUACAGUGUUGUAUGGUGGUCCAGCGUGCAAUAAGAGGGACAUCAGUGGUCCGUUCUGGCUGAUAACAGUGUUCACCAUUGUCAUGGUCGGACUAGUUAGUUGGGCUAUCGGCAUGAUGUUUAGUAUUGGUGAAGAAAAAUUGCCAGGGGUUAUUGGUGCUGGUGUGUCGAGCAAGGCGAGAUGA